AUGAGCAAUACGAUAUCCAUUUCAGAGGUUCCGAAUGUCAUAGCGAACUUGGUUCCAAUGCACAUCCAAUAUUCGGGUCCUGCCAAAACUAAUGAAUAUUUCACUCCUUCAAAAACACAGGAGGAUGGGAACACCAACGCCUACUUCAGAGGUUGCAAACUCGUCGGGACUGAGAUUACCCUCAAGAAUCACACUGGAUAUAUCAUUAACAAAUCAGAGACAUUGGUGCAUGACCCAGAAAUGGCUGACGAUGGAAGUGGUGAUAACAUUAAAACUGUGUCUACAUAUUCCCCAACUGCGAAGUUCGAAACCAUCACCAUAUACGGCCACGACGUUCCAGCAGAUAAGUACAACCAAUGGCGUCUUAUAAAUGAACAGCAGGAUGUAGCCGAUAUUCUUCACACAGACUAA